CGGCUCCGGCCUGGGGGCAGCAGCUGGAGGGUCGCCGCGCGGUCUGACCGGGCCGGAGCAGCCGCCGCAGCCGCGGGAGAUAAAAGGCUGCUUGACAAUGAAGAAUCACAAGCAGCACUAAAAAGGAAAGCAAAUCAAGCCAGCAACCAAAUCUUCUCCACUUUCUCCAGAGAACCCCAAAAUUCUUCUUCCCCAGCAGGGGACAGACGAGGGAGAGAGAAACAGGAAGAGCGUUUCUCAGCUGGAAAAAAUUGAAUACGUGAAACUCAAAUAUUACAUGAAAAGAUCAAGGGGGAUAAUUUCCAAAUUGACAAAAAGAGGGAACUAUCUGGAAGUCAGUGGGGAGGAAGAGGUCACUUGGAUGGCCACAUAGGGCAGACAGUCACGCAAGCCUCACCCUGCGAGGAAGGAAACAGUCGCUUGAAUGGAAGCACCACCACACAAGGGAUCAGAAAUUGUCUUGAUCUCCUGGAGAAUCCAAGAAUAUCAGUGGUAGAAAAGCCCCACAGAGGUGUAUAUAGUGGGAAAAGCACAGAUUACAGAUCACAGCUGAUUAUGCACAAGAGGACCCACACCAGUGAGAAGCCGUACCAGUGUCCUCGAUGCGAGAAAAGCUUUAGCAAGCAUGGCACCCUGGUGAAUCACAAGAGGACGCACACCAGGGAGAAACCGUAUGAGUGUCCAGAUUGUGGGAAAAGUUUCAUUUGGAAUUCCGAUCUGGUGAUACACCAGAGGACUCACACAGGAGAGAAACCGUAUGAGUGUCAGGAUUGUGGGAAAAGUUUCAGUCAGAAUUCCCACCUGGUGAUACACCAGAGGACUCACACAGGAGAGAAACCGUAUGAGUGUCCGGAUUGUGGGAAAAGUUUCAGUCGGAAUUUCAGCCUGGUGAUACACCAGAGGACUCACAUAGGAGAGAAACCUUUUGAGUGUCUGGAUUGUGGAAAAAGUUUCAGUCAGAAUUCCCACCUGGUGAUACACCAGAGGACUCACACAGGAGAGAAACCAUAUGAGUGUCCUGAUUGUGGGAAAAGUUUCAAUCGGAAUUCCAGCCUGGUGCAACACCAGAGGACUCACACAGGAGACAAACCGUAUGAGUGUCUGGAUUGUGGAAAAAGUUUCAGUCAAAAUUCCCACCUGGUGCAACAUGAGAGGACUCACACAGGAGAGAAACCGUAUGAGUGUCUGGAUUGUGGGAAAACUUUCAGUCAGAAUUCGAGCCUGGUGAUACACCAGAGGACUCACACUGGAGAGAAACAGUAUGAGUGUCUGGAUUGUGGGAAAAGUUUCAGUCACAAUUCCAGCCUGGUGCAACACCAGAGGACUCAUACAGGAGACAAACCAUAUCAGUGUCUGGAUUGUGGAAAAAGUUUCAGUCGGAAUUUCGACCUGGUGAUACACCAGAGGACUCACACAGGAGAGAAACCGUAUGAGUGUCCAGAUUGUGGGAAAAGUUUCUGUCGGAAAUCCAACCUGGUGAUACACCAGAGGACUCACACAGGAGAGAAACCAUAUGAGUGUCUGGACUGUGGGAAAAGUUUCAUUUGGAAUUCCCACCUGGUGAUACACCAGAGGACUCACACAGGAGAGAAACCCUAUAAGUGUCCGGACUGUGGGAAAAGUUUCAUUCAGAAUUCUCAGCUGGUGAUACACCAGAGGACUCACACAGGAGAGAAACCAUAUGAGUGUCCGGAUUGUGGGAAAAGUUUCAGUACUAGGUCUAGCCUUAUAAAUCAUGUAGCUUUACACAUAGGAGAGAAACCGUUCAAAUGCCCAGACUGUGGACGGUGCUUCACACAAAAUUCCUACCUUAACAGAUCACAGCUGAUUAUGCACGAGAGGACCCACACAAGAGAGAAACCGUAUGAAUGUCUGGAGUGUGGGAAAACUUUCAUUCUGAAUUUUCACCUGGUAAUACAUCAGAGGACUCACACAGGAGAGAAACCGUACAAGUGUCCAGAUUGUGGGAAAAGUUUCAAUCAGAAUUCCUCCCUAGUGCAACACCAGAGGACUCACACAGGAGACAAACUAUAUCAGUGUCCAGAUUGUGAGAAAAGUUUCAUUUGGAAUUCCGAGCUGGUGAUACACCAGAGGAUUCACACAGGAGAGAAACCGUACAAGUGUCCAGAUUGUGGGAAAAGUUUCAAUCAGAAUUCCUCCCUGGUGCAACACCAGAGGACUCACACAGGAGACAAACCAUAUCAGUGUCCAGAUUGUGGGAAAAGUUUCAUUUGGAAUUCCCACCUGGUGAUACACCAGAGGACUCACACAGGAGACAAACCAUAUCAGUGUCUGGAUUGUGGCAAAAGUUUCAGUCAGAAUUCCUACCUGGUGAAACACCAGAGGACUCAUACAGGAGAGAAACCAUACAAGUGUCCAGAUUGCGGGAAAAGUUUCAGUCAGAAUUCCUACCUGGUGAAACACCAGAGGACUCAUACAGGAGAGAAACCGUAUGAGUGUCCAGAUUGUGGGAAAAGUUUCAGUCAGAAUUCCAACCUGGUGUUACACCAGAGCACUCACACAGGAGAGAGACCGUAUGAGUGUCCGGAUUGUGGGAAAAGUUUCAGUGGGAAAUCCAACUUGGUGAGACACCAGAGGACUCACACAGGAGAGAAACCGUAUGAGUGUCCAGAUUGUGGGAAAAGUUUCAGUCGGAAUUCUGACCUGGUGAUACACCAGAGGACUCACACAGGAGAGAAACCGUAUGAGUGUCUCAAUUGUGGGAAAAGUUUUAGUCACAAUUCCAGCCUGGUGAUACACCAGACAACUCACACAGGAGAGAAACCGUCUGAGUGUCCAGAUUGUGGGAAAAGUUUCAGUCGGAAUUCCUACCUGAUGAUACACCAGCGGAUUCACACAGGAGAGAAACCGUAUGAGUGUCCAGAUUGUGGGAAAAGUUUCAGUUUCAAGUCAAGCCUGGUGAUACACCAGAGGACUCACACAGGAGAGAAACCGUAUGAAUGUCCAGAUUGUGGGAAAAGUUUCAGUCAGAAUUACCAGCUGGUGAUACACCUGAGGACUCACACAGGAGAGAAAUCGUCUGAGUGUCCAGAUUGUGGAAAAAGUUUCAGUUUGAAGUCCACCCUGGUGAUACACCAGAGGACUCACACAGGAGAGAAACCGUAUGAGUGUCUGGAUUGUGGGAAAAGUUUCAGUCAGAAUUACCAGCUUGUGAUACACCAGAGGUCUCACACAGGAGAGAAACCAUCUGAGUGUCCAGAUUGUGGGAAAAGUUUCAGUUUCAAGUCCAGCCUGGUGAUACAUCAGAGGACUCACACAGGAGAGAAACCGUACGAGUGUCCAGAUUGUGGGAAAAGUUUCAGUACUAGGUCUAUCCUGAUAAAUCAUGUAGGUUUACACAUUGGAGAGAAACCAUUCAAAUGCCCAGACUGUGGACGGUGCUUCACAACAAGUUCCUCCCUUAAGAGACACAAGGAAAUCCACAUGAGGCAGAAGGUGAUGAGUGUAGAGAAGGCUUGAAUUUCUCUUCUCCCAUUGGACAUCCAGCUGAAAAUUAUUUCAUUUCUGGGCUGAUUCUUUUUAGUCAAACAUAUCUCAGUAUUAGAGAUGAGGGAGGAGAGAAAAAAAUAGAAAAUGGUAGUUUGAGAAAGGCUAACUACACCUUUCUGGCUAUGAGCAGAACUUCCCAGUGAGCUGCUGCAGGUCCUAAAAGAUACAUGAAAAAAAGAUUGGAGCACUCAGAUUUUAUGAGAGAAAAUAUUAGGGACGUUUGUGGCAGUGACAAAAGCCCUGUAAAUUUUCAGAUGGAAAGGCUGUUCUGCCUCGAAGGUGAUGGAAAAGAGCUGAGCGCGGGAUCUUCAGGUUUAGGAACAGCCCCUGCUGUGAUCGUGUUUGCCUGGCGGUGCCUGCUUGUUAGCCUUUUGUGGCUGUGGGUGACAGCAGCGCCAGGAGGCUGACCCCUUUGCUACAUCCCCCUUGGUGGUGGGGAUGGAGGAAAGAGUUGCCCGGUGGAAGAGGUUUCCUUUCCAGAAAUGCAUUGUGUAAGAACCAUUCGUGGCUUUUGAGAAGGAAAAAAACUGGGUAGUGUCAGCGAUGAGGGCCAAGAUGAGGCAACGCUCCCUUCCCAAGACAUGGGAGAUGUUUCCAUUUCUUUCACUCCUCUCUCUGGGCUUCUUUUUGAAUUUUCCCCAGAAAUCCCUACAAGUAAAGAGGAACAUUAUUUGGAGCCGCUAAGUGGCAUUUUAGCUAUGCAGAUGAAUGAUCCUGAUUUUGCUGAGUUCAGAAGACAGCAAAGAAUUCAAGGUUUGUUCAUUUCAGGAGCCCGAUUCAGAGAUCAGCUUAUAAUGCCUUUUUUCCCUAGGAGAUGACUUUGCAUAUGAUCCCUUUGCAGAAGGACACUGAAGAGCCGGGACCAGGCCGGGGGUGGGGAGGAAGCAAGAGGCUCUUUUGGCCUGAGCCUCAAGCUCUGAGUGGCUUCAAAUUUAAAGGUCUGCAAAAUUGUUUAAAAUACUCAAAUUAUAUUUAA